CGUGGGGCCGGGGCGAGAGCGGCGGCGGCCCUCCUGGGCGGCCGCGGGAGUGCGGUCCGGGGGCGGCAGCCUGCGGGCCGCGCACGGCCCUUGUGCACAGCACCUGGGACGGCCCCGGACAUGAAAGGCUACCUGUGGGAGCGCUACCGGGAGGCGAAGAGGAGCACGGACGACUUGGUUCCUUCAAUUAUGAGCAACUUGUUGAAUCCAGAUGCCAUUUUCUCAAACAAUGAGAUGAGCCUGUCGGACAUUGAAAUCUAUGGCUUCGAUUAUGAUUAUACUUUGGUGUUUUAUUCAAAGCACCUCCACACGCUGAUCUUUAAUGCUGCUCGGGACCUUCUCAUCAAUGAACACCGGUACCCGGUGGAAAUCAGGAGGUAUGAGUAUGACCCAAAUUUUGCAAUUCGCGGACUUCAUUAUGAUGUGCAGCGGGCAGUAUUGAUGAAGAUUGAUGCUUUUCAUUACAUCCAGUUGGGAACCGUCUACAGAGGCCUCAGUGUUGUCCCUGAUGAAGAAGUCAUUGAAAUGUACGAGGGGUCCCACGUACCUCUGGAACAAAUGAGCGACUUUUAUGGAAAGAGUUCUCAUGGAAACACCAUGAAGCAGUUCAUGGACAUCUUCUCCCUGCCGGAGAUGUCCCUCCUCUCCUGCGUGAACGAAUACUUCCUCAGGAACAACAUCGACUAUGAACCUGUCCAUCUGUACAAAGACGUCAAGGACUCAAUCCGAGAUGUGCACAUCAAAGGAAUCAUGUACAGCGCGAUCGAAGCAGAUAUUGAAAAAUACAUCUGCUAUGCCGAGCAGACCCGCGCAGUGCUGGCCAAACUGGCUGAUCACGGCAAGAAGAUGUUCCUCAUCACCAACAGCCCCAGCAGUUUCGUGGACAAAGGGAUGAGGUAUAUCGUUGGAAAAGACUGGAGGGACCUCUUUGAUGUGGUCAUCGUUCAGGCCGAGAAGCCAAACUUCUUUAACGAUAAGCGGAGACCUUUCCGGAAGGUGAACGAGAAAGGUGUCUUACUCUGGGACAAGAUCCACAAGUUGCAGAAAGGCCAGAUUUAUAAGCAGGGCAAUUUAUAUGAAUUUUUGAAGCUUACUGGAUGGAGAGGAUCCAAGGUGUUGUAUUUUGGUGACCACAUAUACAGUGACCUGGCGGAUUUGACUUUGAAGCAUGGCUGGCGAACUGGUGCGAUUAUCCCGGAGCUGAGAUCCGAGCUCAGGAUCAUGAACACGGAGCAGUACAUUCAAACCAUGACCUGGCUGCAGACCCUGACUGGGUUAUUGGAGCAGAUGCAGGUUCACAGAGACGCCGAGUCACAGCUGGUUUUGCGGGAGUGGAAAAAGGAAAGAAAGGAGAUGAGAGAAAUGACCAAAAAUUUCUUCAACACCCAGUUUGGAAGCUUGUUCCGCACAGACCAGAACCCGACCUACUUCCUGAGGCGCCUGUCGCGCUUUGCCGACAUCUACAUGGCGUCUCUGAGCUGCCUCCUCAACUACGACGUCAGCCACACAUUCUACCCGCGGAGGACGCCGCUGCAGCACGAGCUGCCCGCCUGGUCGGACAGGGCCCCCACCUUCAGACUCCCCCUGCUGCAGGAGGCCCACGCCAAGUAACCGGGGGCCCACCUGCGGGAAAAGCCAGAAGCUGGGACAACCCCCAACUGGCUGGAUGCGGUGGGGUGGACUUGUGUGCAAAUGAGUUUUGCUUUUGGAGAAGAUGCAAAUACGCCUUUGAUAUUUAUCACCCUACGGAGACUCCUUCCCGUUGUUAAGACGGAAGCUGGCAGCCCACCCGUCCCGUCUUGGCGUUUCUUGGUGGGCUGAGUGCCAAGCUUCCGACUGAAUCCCCGCGAGCAGCCUUUUUGUUUACCAAAGUGCUGGCACGGGUGUCCGUGUUUCUGGGCCAGGUGAGACCCUUGAUGCCAUCUCGCGAUUCCAGCCGCUGAAGGGUCGACAUUGUGCUUGACUCUGCCGUGGAAAAUGGGCUGACCGCUCACGGGCGGCGCUCUGGGGACUGCAGGGGCACCGUGCCGUGCGACAGUGACCAGCUCGCGGAAAGCUGGCGGAGGAGUCCGUGAGCUCUGUGAUAGCAUAGCACGGCAGUGAGGAGCAGAGGUGGCUCCCACGGCAUGUGACCCUAGGGCUUUGGCGUCCCGGUGCGUCCCUUGCAGGGAGACUCAGCCUCCCUGCAAAGUCUUCUGUGAAAGAGCACGAGCCGUUGCAAGUCCUUGAGCCGUGCUUGUCCUCAGCAGCCGCUCCCGGGUCCUGCCCCAUGCCCAAGCCCGGGAAAAGCAGUGGUGUCGCAGGUGAUGGGCGGUUGCUCCUUUCCUGAGGGAAGAGCUCUGCUUUGCUGCCCAGCUCGCGGCACAGACAGUGUAGACUCCAGUGGCGAGAAACAAGCAGGUCGGAAGAGCCGGCGCGUUUGUGCUGGGCUCCCUGGGCGUUUAUCCCCCUGAAAAUGCCACCGACCUGUUGGUUUGGCGUGCCCACUGGAAGACAGAAAAUGAAGCAGACAAAAAAAUGUCCUGUGAUGAAAUGUGCCUCCCUGCCCCCCGCGGGGUAGUGUUGGAAUCUUGGUAAAACAUCUGCGUGACCCGCCGGGGCGGAGGAGGUGGCCCUGUCCUCCGCGUAGCCCUCCUCCCUGCCGUGUUUGUGUGGCUGUUUUGGGAGUGUGGUGGAUUUCCUUAGGUGUGUGUUGAAGAUGGGAGAGGUUAAAGGGCAGUCGAAGCGAGGAGGAGACUUAGGAAGGGGCUGAUGAAGCAUCUCACUCCUUUCUAAGGACAAGGCAAGUGGCACGCAGGCUUGUCCCCAGCGGAUGCGGAUGGCAGGUCAAGAAACGGGACGACUGGUGGAGAGUGCUCGCUUAUUCAGCAUUUUGUUGUGCUCAGUGUGCGGAACCAGCUGUCGAUGAAGUUUUAGCUUGGGGUUCCGUAGACUGCCUGCCACGAUGCACAGAUGAAGUGAGUUACCCGCUUCCUUUGUGAUGCCAAGCGUAAUGCCCUUUAGACCCAGGAGGCCCGAUUCGGCCACUUUUUUUACUUCUAAAUUUUGUUAUAAACACAGUAGCCUGUUCCUUUUUGGGGAUGGGGUAGGCAUUUUGUUUGCUGUGUGUUAGCUCCUAUGUGGUUAAGCAUCAGAGGGUGUUGGAGACGGGCAUUUAAUGGGUGCAGGUGGAUGCCCAGAAGUGCCUGCUGUUGGGGCCCUCGGCAGACAGGCUGUGCUCUUGGCUUUGGAGUCUCUGCCUGAAGAAGCUGAGUGAGGAAGUAAAAAAGCCCCCCCCCCUCCAGUUUUAAUCUCAUCAGAUAGUCAUUGAUGUCUCCUCGGUGCCAGUUACAAGGUGUCUUGUUUACUCAAGAAUAAAGCGCACUGUUUUUAAAACUGCUUUUAUAGAGAGCGAGGUUGGUGACCCAAGCCUUGGGGGAGAAACAGAUUUUUCUCGGAAUGGAUAAUGAAUUAAAAACACAUUAUCAAUUAAGAUUUCAGUCUCUGGGCCACUGAACAUGGCAGUAUUGAGACAGGCCAUGUAGCAGAAGCCUGGCAUCCGUCUGAGCCGGGCCCACGGAGCAGGCACCAGGCGGACUGAACCCACGCCAGGGCCAGCCACACGGGUCGGGGCGGCCGUGUGCAUGGGAAGGACAGACAGAGGUAUGCUUCCUGUGUGUGCUCGGUCAGGAUAGAUUGUGACUGUCGCGACUCAGCUGGGAUUUGGCCUACUGCACUGGCAUUUUGUUCUUUCCAGUUCUCCGUGGUGCUUGCUGAGGGAAGCGCAGUGGUACAAGGGAACGGAGUCUGUUUUCUACCAUUUAAAAAGUCAGUUUGGAAAGUGAACAGAAUAAAAUGGAUUUGCACGUUGAAAAAUAUCUCCUGUUUUUCGCAUCGGUUGGACUGGUGGUGCAGGGACGGUCUGACCGGCCACAGCGGCUCAGCGAGGCUCGUGGUACCCGGAGCAGACUGCCGUGGAAGGGGCCCGCACAACUAGUUUUGCACUUGCUUUUAUAGAUGAAACUUGGCUUUUAAAAUAUUUUAGGAGCUUGUCUUAGACCUCCCUCUUUCCUCCUGACAUAGCCUCUCUCUCUCUCUUUUUUUUUUUUAAUUUUUAAAAUUCUCUUCGGCUCCAUUUUCUGCCAUCACCAGUAAUGCUAUGUAACAUACACCACCUGUUACCGAUUUGGGUACAUCUCAGACUAAAUGAGUAGUUGCUUUGAAUGCACUGGCCCUCUUAAUUAUCGCAAAGGAGAAAUGAGAAGUAAUCUUCCCUCCUACUAAUUUAGCUUUGGGUGAGCUAAAUGGCUUUUCUCUCUCUUUCUCCCAAAGGCCUUUUCAGCAGUAGAAUGUGCUAAAUAUUGGACUUGAUUCCCUGUGCCGAGGGCUCAUUUGCUGCCAAAGACCCACUUGGGGGCCCUUGUCCAGAAUGCGCUGAGACUACAUUUGGCCAGAGGCAGGGUUCCUUGAUUGCUCUAUUCAACUACUAGGGAGCCUAUAUUUUGCCCUCUUAAGACUAAUUUCCUUUUGUACCAAUUUUCUCUCUUUCUCCCUCUCUCUCUUUAUGUAUUAGCAUUUGGGAGCCUGGCCUCAAGCUCAGCUAACCUUUAACACCCCUGUGGGUUAAGGCGAGGAAAGGGAGUAAAGCAUCUCUCAUGCAGGGUUCAGCUGGCAGUGCCUGUAAAGGGCCAGCGAGGAUGCCCUUGCAGCUUCGUGGGCCAUUUUCCAUCACCACUGCUCUGGGCACGGGCACGCUGUGUUCUAUUACAACCUGCCUUACAAAGACAGCUGCAGGCUAGGUUUGGCUCUCCGGCCGUAGUUUGCGCACUCCUGCUCCAGUGGCUUGUGUUGGUGGCCAUGGCACGAUGACCUUGCUAGAAGCACGCAGAUGGACCACCUCAGAGCUGCCUGCGGCUGGUGGAGAGAAGUUCUGUAGGUGAGCGCGCCACACUCCCCUAAGAGCUGCUCUCUGGACAUCCGUGCCACUGUGGCCCGUGUUUCUAGCACAUGGCAUAACCGUUGUGUGUCACUGAACUGCCAGGCUCGGGCGCUAGCUGACCGUCCCUCAUUGCACUGACUGGUGAUUGUGCUCAUAGGGGGGAUGGGCUUGGCUGCCCAGGACACCCUUCAGAACCAAAGGACUUACCCCCCCCAGCUGCUGGGUCAGCUGCUGGCUCCCCCUCCUCAGCCGGUGGCGUUUUCGAGAGCCUCGCCCACUGAAAAACCCUGCCUCAGACGAGGUGACACCCCCUUCCUGGAGCAGCCAACUCCAGCCCGCCAGCCCCGUGUUCUUCCCUUCUCAUUCCUUCUCUUCCAUUCCCAGGUGUUGAUCCCAAGAACACUCCCCCGUACUCGUCCUGCAUGCAAACCUCAUCUCAGCGUCUGCUUCCCGGGGCCGCCAACCCGCUACAGCACUUCUGUACCUUUUUAGUCCUGCAGGCUUGAACCCUAAGGAAACCGUGUUCUAAGUAUUUAGUAGAAUGACAGAGCGUGCCUGUACGGUGUCGGGCGCCAUACAUGUGCCCUAGGUAGACUUAGUAUUUAUUCCGGAUGUGAAUUUUCUAUUUAUUCUAAAUGUUGACAUUAUGUUACAGGAUUGAACUUCUUGCCAAAUAAAAGUUUGAAUUGUG